GUCGGCUGGGGACCCGGAAGCCACCGCACCCUGCGACCGCUGGGCUUCCCGGGGGCGGGGUCGCGCCCGUUAUUAGCGCGUCCGCUCUCCUUCCUCCUCAGACGGCGCGUUCGUCUUCGGGCAAGAUGGGUCUCUACCGCAUCCGCGUGUCCACCGGCUCCUCGCUGUGCGCGGGCUCCAACAACCCGGUGCAGCUGUGGCUGGUGGGCGAGCACGGGGAGGCGGCGAUCAGGACGAGCGUGAGGCCGGCGCGAGGCCAGGAGACGGAAUUCAAGGCGGACGUGCAGGAGUACCUGGGGCGGUUGCUGUUCGUCAAAGUGCACAAGCGGCACUUCCUCCAGGACGACGCCUGGUUCUGCAACUGGAUCUGCGUGCAGGGCCCCGGGGCUGGCGGGGACGAGUUCAGGUUUCCGUGCUACCGCUGGGUGGAGGGCAGUGGCGUCCUGAGCCUCCCCGAGGGCACUGGCAGGACCGUGGGAGACGACCCUCAGGGCCUGUUCAAGCAGCACAGGGAGCAGGAGCUGGAAGAGAGGAAGAAGCUGUACCGAUGGGGCAACUGGAAAGAUGGGCUAAUCCUGAAUGUGGCCGGGGCCACCAUCAAUGACCUCCCUGUAGAUGAGCGGUUUCUGGAAGACAAGAGGAUUGAUUUUGAAGCCUCGCUGGCUAAGGGGCUGGCAGACCUGGCCAUCAAAGACUCUUUAAAUGUUCUGACUUGCUGGAAUGAUCUGGAUGACUUCAACCGGAUUUUCUGGUGUGGCCAGAGCAAACUGGCUGUAAAGGUCCGGGACUCCUGGCGAGAGGACGCCUUAUUCGGGUACCAGUUCCUCAAUGGCACUAACCCCAUGCUGCUGAGGCGCUCGAAGCAGCUCCCCGCCCGCCUGAUGUUCCCCCCAGGGAUGGAGGAGCUGAAGGUCCAGCUGGAGACGGAGCUCCAGAGAGGCACUCUGUUCGAGGUGGACUUCUCGCUCCUGGACGGGAUCAAGGCCAAUGUCAUCUUGUGCAGCCAGCAGCACCUGGCCGCCCCUCUGGUCAUGCUGAAGCUGCAGCCUGAUGGGAAACUCUUGCCCAUGGCCAUCCAGCUCCAGCUGCCCCAUGUGGGGUCCCCUCCACCGCCGCUUUUCCUGCCCACGGAUCCCCCAAUGGCCUGGCUGCUGGCCAAGUGCUGGGUCCGCAGCUCCGACUUCCAGAUGCACGAGCUGCAGUCCCACCUUCUGCGGGGACACUUGAUGGCCGAGGUCAUCACUGUGGCCACCAUGAGGUGCCUUCCCUCCAUACACCCUGUCUUCAAGCUCAUCAUUCCCCACCUGCGUUACACCUUGGAAAUCAACGUCCGGGCCCGGAACGGGCUCGUCUCUGACAGGGGUGUCUUCGACCAGGUGGUGAGCACGGGUGGUGGAGGCCACGUGGAGCUGCUGCAGCGGGCGGGCGCCUUCCUCACCUACCGCUCCUUCUGCCCCCCCGAUGACCUGGCUGACCGGGGGCUCCUGGGAGUGCAGUCGUCCUUCUAUGCCCAAGACGCCCUGCGGCUCUGGGAAAUCCUCGCUGGCUAUGUGCAGGGUAUCGUGCAUCUCCACUACAAGACGGAUGAGGCCGUGAGGGACGAUCUGGAGCUGCAGUCCUGGUGUCGGGAGAUCACAGAGGUCGGGCUGCUUGGGGCCCAGGACCGAGGCUUCCCCGACUCCCUGCAGUCCCGGGACCAGAUGAGCCGCUUUCUCACCAUGUGCAUAUUUACCUGCACCGGCCAGCACUCCUCCACGCACCUGGGCCAGCUGGACUGGUACUCCUGGGUCCCUAACACACCCUGCACCAUGCGGAUGCCCCCGCCGACCACCAAGGACGUGACCCUGGAGACAGUGAUGGCAACACUGCCCAACUUCCAUCAGGCCUCCCUGCAGAUGUCCAUCGUCUGGCAGCUGGGCCGACGCCAGCCCUUGAUGGUGGCUCUGGGCCAGCACCAGGAGGAGUAUUUUUCGGGUCCCGGACCCAAGGCUGUGCUGAAGAAGUUCAGGGAGGAGCUGGCUGUCCUGGAGAAGGAAAUCAAGACCCGGAAUGAAAAGCUGGACAUGCCUUAUGAGUACCUGCUGCCCAGCCUGGUGGAAAACAGCGUGGCCAUCUGAGCGCCACCUCCCCCCUCUCCCAAGCCACACGCCACACUUUGGUGCUUGCGGUCCCGUCCCCCUCUGACUCCCAGCGGUCCCCACCCUGCCCCGGGGAGAGUUCCUUUUCCGUGGUCUGUGGCCACAUUUUAUUUAGACUCUGCCUCUGCCCCCUGCCUCCUGCAUCAUUUGGGUCCACGCCCCCCGCCCCGGGGCAGAUAAUAGCCACAUUUAUGGAAACUGUUUCAAGAGUAGGAUAGAAUGUCCACACAGGUCACUCCACCUGUCCAUGAGCCAAAUACGAUUUUGAAACAAAAUUGGGUUUAAAUGGCAACAAAAAGAUACAUUAGGCAACAAAAGAAAAGAAGUUAGAACAAACUAUCCAAAAGCAAAUACUGGCCAAAGAAUGUAGCACAUCUCUCUGACUGGUCUGGCCUUAUCCCUGUCCUGAAGGCAGAUCCCACACAGCAAAGCACUCACAGCAGUCCUCAAGAUUUCUGUCUCGUGGCUCACGUAGAGAGUGAAAAUGGAAGAAAACGGGGGCGUCCAUAUCUAUAACCCGUUUGCAGUUCCCCAAGUUAGCUCCAAAUCCAAGUAAUUAACCAGAGGGGCACCUGGGCAGCUGCCUUUGGCUCAGGUCGUGAUCCCGGGGCCCUGGGAUCCAAUCCUGCAUUGGGCUCCCUGCUCAAUGGGGAGUCUGCUUCUCCCUCUGCCCCUCCCUCUCGCUCCUGCUCUCUCUCUCUCAAAUAA